UUAUUGGUCGUUUCAGGACCUUCUUUGGUGUCGGUGUCCUCACGUGCAGUUUUGCUCUCCUUCACUCUUUUCUCCACUUCUGUCUCACCAUCCAUUUUCUCUUCGUCCCUCGCUUUGUCUCUCACGGUAUCUGCAUCACUGCCUAUAUAUUGGUGUGCGGUGUUUUGCUCUGCUAUGCUCCCUCCGGCUGGCAUACCCAGGCUCUUCCACAAACCACUCACCAUUCGCUGACCCGCCACCCACCUGGCUUUACAGAGGCUUACAGGAAGGGAGCCGACGAAAUGGCGCGUGGGCCCAGCCUGAAAGAACGUGCGCUGGGCCUGCUGCCGCCGGAGGUCAUGGGUCAGCUGAUGCAGCGGCUCAAUCAGAUGAUAGCCAGCGGCCUGCAGCGGCUGCCGUUCCAGGUGCAGCGCACCACGCGCGGUAACCGCACGCGCAUCGAGCUCACCGAGCUGCCCGACUACGCCAACGUGGAGACUGUGUGGAACCUGAGCGCCCUGGUGCGGGCCCGGCUGCGGCAGCCGUCGGUGCUGAGCGAGCUGAUGGCUCGGCCCGAUGACCGCCGCCCGCUGGCUGCCCUCUGGCGCGACGGACGCGUGCUCGCGCUGGACGGCCGCUCGUUCGUGCUGCCCGCUGUGGACGGCUGCGUCCACUUGCUGCUGGCCGACGUGGAGCAGCGAGGCUUCUCUGUCCUCCGAUCGGCCCGCCAUCUGGUGAUGACUUUUCCAGACUGCAACGUUGUAGUCAACGAGGGAGGACACGCCCACGUGGAAUGGUUCAACGCGUCCCUUCCAAAACACUUGCGGACUGAGGUGCGGCUGGACGGUGGCCGGCUGCUGGCGCGCUCGUCGUUCGGCCUGCAGGCCGACCUGGAGCCGGGCUGCGGCGCCGUGCUGCUCAGGCUGGACCCGUGGAUGGCGUCGCGCACCGCCGGCCUGCUGGCCGCCUCCGACAACCGGGACGGCUGGCAGCUGUCGGCGGCGUGGCGCCGCUUCGGCCUGGAGCCUGAGGAGAGCUGUCCGACGCCGGACCAGCCGGCCGGCCCGACGCUCCACUUCGACUCGUGCGGCUCCAUCCAGACGGCCGAGUGUGUGCGGCUGACCGGGCUGGAGCGGGCCGCCCGCCAGCACCGGCCGCCCUGCGUCGCGCCCGAGCCGGUGCCGUGGCGGCUGAGCCAGUCGGGCCCAGAGGCCGACAGCCCGCCGGUGCGGGUGCUGCUGGCCGUGGCCGACCCGACGGUGGACGCCGACGCCGUACGCCGACUGGCCGAGGUGCUGCAGCGCCAGCUGACCGAGCUGGGCCAGCGCGCCGUCCAGUUCGCGCUGGUGGCCGACGGACGGGCUGACGCACGGCCGGUGUGGGUGGACUCCCCGGCGGCGCUGCAGCUGGAGGGCAGCAAACUGCCGUCAGCAGACCUGGUGCGCAGCCUGCAACGGGCCAUGAGCGGCCACCCGUUCCCGCCGGAGGUGGCGUACCGCAUCCUCGUCGUCUUCGCGCCCUCUGACCAGGUGCGUGGAGGCGCCUCGCUGACCGGACUGCGGCGUCAGCUGUGGCGCCGCCGCGUCACCGUACACCUGGUGACGCCCCUGACGCGCUACCCGCUGCUGGACGCGCCCCUGCAUGGCGUGACCAGCCACGGCCGCGGCCUGACCGCCAACAUGAGCCGCCAACUCAGCCUGCCCCGACACCAGGGUGACCUGGGUCAGCUGGUAGUGGACUCGGCGGGCGCAGUCUGGGACUCGGCCCUGCUGGUCCAGCCGGCCGGCGUCACGUCAGCGCUGCUGGCCGACGCCGUCUGGCAGCAGGUCGCCAAAGCGGAGCCGGGCCCGCCACUGCCGGACCGGUAG